AUGCAGAAUUCAACUGAGAUUGCAUAUUUUGUGCUGGCUGCCUAUGGUAACAUUGGAAAGUUAAAAUACUUGUAUUUCUGCAUAAUGCUACUAUGGUACAUCCUUGCAUUUGUGGCCAAUGCAUUUCUCAUUAUAGUCAUAUAUUUGGACAGACGAUUGCAUGAACCGAUGUACAUAUUAUUAUGCAAUUUAUUUGUGAAUGAAAUUGGUGGCAGCACAUCAAUUUACCCUCUUCUGCUCUCACAGAUGUUUUCAGAUAGCCAUGAAGUGGCCCUCCCGUGGUGUUUUCUACAGAUGUGGUACAUCUACACAUCUGCUUCUGUUGAGUUUUGCACUUUAGCAGCCAUGGCCUAUGACAGAUACAUCGCCAUCUGUUACCCUUUACACUACAAUGCCAUUAUGAACACAGCAAGAGUCGCAAUGGUCAUUGUGCUUGUAUGGAUCUAUUCAUUUGUUAACUUUUUAUUCUCUUUUUCACCUAUCGUCCGUUUGACUUUUUGUGGAAGCGUCAUUGACAAAGUGUUUUGUGACCAUCACUUAGUAAUUAAACUUGCAUGUUCAGUUUCAGUACUCAGCAAAGCAUCUGACCUGCUUUUUGCCUUUAUGACUAUCGUUAUCCCCUUCAGUCUCAUUUCAGUCUCUUACAUGAGGAUUUUGGUUGUUUGUCUAGAUACGUCGCAAGAAAACACACAAAAAGCCGUCACCACCUGCACACCUCAGAUCAUCUCAUUGUCAAACAUGUUUAUCGGCUCCAUUUUUCACUUUGUGGAUUCAAGGUUUGAUGUGGCCUAUGCACCGGAUAAAGUGCGCAUUCUCUUAUCUGUAUAUCUCCUCAUUUUACAACCAGUGGUCACCCCCUUUAUGUAUGGAUUCAAUCUACCGAAAAUAAGACAAACAUGUAAAAGAUUUCUCUUUGAUAGAAAAUAA